GACGACGAUGGCCAUCGAAAAUCCUACCCCCUCUCCUAAAUCUGAUUUACGAAACGCACAGAAAUCCCUGCACGCUGCGUCGGACAUCGUCGAGCUCAUCUCUUCCCGUUCGGCCACUGCCUCUGCCGUCUUCAUUUAUGACCUCGCAUUGCAGGCAGGCUUCGGCUCCUUGACAGAGUCUUGGUCGCACUCCGAUGACCAGACUGCACCUGUUGUAUCUCUUCAGACCAGGGCAGGUGCUGGUCUUAGCUUGGUCGGCAGGCUUUCUCAGAGCACCAGCAAGGAUGCUGCCAAUGGCUCAGUCCUCACAUCCUACACAACUCCGACUGGGUUGGCGGGCAUGAUUCCAUCGCUCAUGUACCUGCCCGCACCGACGCCCACCAGCAGACUCAUUAUCCAGGUUCCUACCGUCACCCCUGUCGGGGAGAAAUUUGCGCUCUCUUCCACCCUCGCGGCCCUGAACCCGUCGCUCUCUGUUCUUCCGGAGACCUUCACCGUUAUUCUCUCCGCUACCCCUCAAGAAUCCGUCGAUUUAGCUGCGGCUGCCUACAAGCUCCCCACUCAUGCCAUCCAUCUCUUUGACCACCAUAGUUCCGCUCGCGAGCACGGCGAGCUCCAGGUUCCCGCCACACCUGCCAAAGGUGCCGUCGGUGCCAGCGUCCGGGAUGUCCUGUCGGAGGCGGGCUACGAGUUCUUCGACUACAGCGGUGCCGAGGACGCGGAGACUGUUCUAGUCGCGUUGAACGGCCCGCUCUCUUUGGCGGCCAAGGCCAUCGCAAAGCGUACCUCGGGAUUGGGCGUGUUGACCGUUCGCGUUCUUCGCCCGUGGGAUGAGGCUGCUUUCAAGGCAGUCCUCCCCUCUUCGGUCAAGCGCGUCCAUGUUUUGGACGAUGUGGCGAACGGCGGCCAAGGUUUCCUCCACUUUUCCGUCCUCAGUACCCUCUUCGAUCCCAUCAGCACGGGUCCGACCGUCCAUACUCAACCGAUCUCACCGGCCAACGCCUUGGAGUACGUGAACAAGCCCGCAUCUUUCAUCCAAUUCCUCUCCAGCUUCGUCCCUGUGGUCCUUCCAUCCGGGCCUUCGCUGGACGCGCCGAAGACGACAAAGCUCUUGUUCUUCAACUCCCCUGGCGCGGCUCUGUCCAACGUCUCUCAACUUGUGCAGAAUACUUUUGCGGAGGCGUCCUCCAUCUCAGCCCGCCUUCUCACAGAGCACGAUGUCUUCUCUAGAGCAGGUGGCGUUACCGUGGAUCGUAUACUUCUUGCACCAAAGGACAGUGUCGCUGACUUCGUCCCACUACCAACCGCUCUACCCGUCACCCCGGGAAGCGAGGGCGUCUCCAACUUCCUGGCCGUUCUCGACCAUAACUUGCUCAGAUCUCAUUCGGUCCUGGAGCAUGCCAAACCUGGUUCACCCGUUCUAGUCGCUACGUCGUGGACCGCUCCGGAACUGAUCUCCAACCUUCAUUGGGACGUCGUCGCGCUCAUCAAGGAACGAGGGCUUCGUUUCUGCAUCAUUAAUACCAAGGAGGUCGCCACCCAGCUUCUUGGUGAAGGCGCUUCUACAUUCGACAAUUUGCAGAGCGUUGUCGUUCACCUCGCAUUCCUUCGUUUGUACCUCGGUCAAGCGGCUACCCAGGCGGCGGUCGAGAAGGUUGCUCGUACUAUCUACGGAGAGAACGUCCAGACAGUCGACCUGUCAAAGGUCAAUGCCCAUGCUUGGGCUGCUCUUGCUGAAGUUGACUUCUCCACCGCUACUGAAUCCUCCGACGACACGCGCGAGUUGGACUUGAAGAACUUCGAGUUCAACGCCAUCGCUGUCUCUACAGACGAUGGAGACACGAUCGUGAAUGGUGCGAAGCUCGUCUCGUGGCACGAUGCUGCGAAGCAUUUGAUGUUCUCCAAUGCUUUCACUCCUCCUGCUCCUGAUGCUGCCCCAGGCGAGGAGUACCCGCAAAUACCCAACCUUCGCCCCGACCUCCCGGAUCGCACAUAUCUCGUUACUUGCACCGUCAACCGUCGCCUCACUCCAUUGGAAUACGACCGAAACGUUUUCCACCUCGAGUUCGACACCUCCGGUACUGGGCUGAAGUACUCGAUCGGCGAGGCGCUUGGUAUUCACGGAUGGAAUGACGAACAGGAGGUUCUCGACUUCUGCUCUUGGUAUGGCGUCGACCCCAACCGUCUCAUCACCAUCCCUGUCCUUGGCUCAGACACUCAGUACCACACACGUACCGUCUUCCAGGCCAUGCAGCAACAGAUCGACCUCUUCGGCAAACCUCCCAAGUCGUUCUACGCAGAUCUCUCCGAACACGCCGCGCUGAAGACCGACAAGCUCGCCCUGCAGUUCAUCGGUGCUCCCGAGGGCAACUCGACUUUCAAGAAGUUGUCGGAAAAGGACACGGUCACGUUUGCGGAUGUUUUGAAGCGGUAUGCGAGCGCGAGGCCCGGGAUUGAGGUGCUUUGUGAGCUGAUUGGGGAUAUCAAGCCGAGACAUUACAGUAUCGCUAGUGCGCAGAGCGUCGUGGGCGAUCGUGUGGACUUGCUCAUCGUGUCCGUCGACUGGGUGACGCCUUCUGGCUCUCCUCGCUACGGUCAGUGUACUCGUUACCUUUCCGGCCUCAAGAUUGGCCAGAAGGUCACUGUCUCUCUCAAGCCCAGUGUCAUGAAGUUGCCCCCGGAUAACCUGCAACCCCUCAUCAUGGCCGGUCUUGGCACGGGUGCUGCACCCUUCCGCGCCUUCCUCCAACACCGAGCCAUGCUCGUCACCCAAGGCGUUCCCGUCGGCCCCGUAUACUACUAUUUCGGUUCUAGGUACCAGUCGCAGGAAUAUCUCUACGGAGAGGAGCUCGAAGCCUUCAUCGAAGAUGGGGUCAUCACCAAGGCUGGCCUCGCCUUCUCCCGUGACGGCCCGAAGAAAGUUUACAUCCAACACAAGAUGCUCGAAGACGCGGAAGACCUCGCCCGUAUGCUUCGCAAGGAGGAGGGUGUGUUCUACCUCUGUGGUCCUACGUGGCCGGUGCCGGAUGUGUACGAGGCGUUGGUGAACGCUUUGGUGAAGCAUCAUGAUAUGACGGCGGAGACUGCGGGUGAGUUCUUGGAGGGGUUGAAGGAGGAGGAGAGGUAUGUGCUGGAGGUGUACUAGGCUAUAGCGUGUGGUUUGCUAGUUUGUAAAGUUUUGUCGGGAUUUAUCGUUCGUUUUAUCAGUUAUUCUAUGGAUACGCUCUGCGUCUUAUCGAGAGCACUUG